AAAAAAAACUUUAAAAAUGAGAACCAGCGAGAGAAGGUGGUGGUGGGUGAAAAGACAGAAGCAGAUAGCUUCGGUUUUCAUAACAGUGACAAUGAUGCUUCACUUUCAAAUGAAAGGAUGUGUAGGCUGUCUGGAAACUGAACGGACUGGUCUAUUGCGACUCAAGUCCUAUCUCAAGAAUCUACUUGAUGAAGGAGAAGAGGAUAGUAUUCUCAAGUCAUGGACUCGUGAUGGUGAUUGUUGCAUUUGGGAGAGAGUAAAGUGUAGUGACGCUAAUGGUGGCCACGUCGUCGAUCUCUCACUCGGUCGACUCAUACCCGUCGGGUUCGAGUCGGAAACUAGGCUUUUAAACCUGUCUGUGCUCCAUAGUUUUCCUCAAAUCCAAAGCCUUAACCUUUCCUGGAACUGGUUCACCGGUUUGUCUGAUCACGUCCAUGGUUAUAAGAGCUUUGGGACACUGGAGAAGCUCAUCACCAUAGAUUUCUCCCACAAUAUGUUCGACAACACUAUUGUUCCUUUCUUAAGUGCCGCAACAUCGAUUGAGGCUCUAUAUCUUGAGUCUAAUUAUAUGGAAGGUGUCUUUCCUCCUCAAGGACUUUCAAACAUGACAAACUUGAAAGUGUUGAACUUGAAGGACAACAGUUUCAGCUUCUUGUCUGGUCAAGGUUUAGCCGGUUUUAGAGAACUAGAAGUACUGGAUCUCAGUUUCAAUGGUGUCAACGACUCUGAGGCUAGUCACAAGUAUAGCACGGCGAAACUGAAAACACUAGAUCUUACUUACAAUCUAUUUUCAGAUUUUUCUCAAUUAAAAGGUUUAGAAAAUCUGCAAGAGUUAGCAGUCUUGAAAUUACGAGGCAAUAGAUUCAACCACAGGUUUUCUUCUCAUGCACUGAAAGAUUUGAAGAAGUUGCAAGAACUGGAUCUCAGUGACAACCUGUUCACAGAUUUGGGUUUAGCGAUUCCUACAUCUUUGCAAGUAUUGGAUCUCAAAAGGAACCGAUUGUCUUUGACCAAUGAAGGCUAUUUAGGGAUAUGCAGGCUAAUGAAUCUCAGGGAGCUGGAUUUGAGCAGCAAUGCUUUGACAGAUCUUCCUUAUUGUCUGAGUAACUUAACCGGACUUCGUACUCUUGAUCUAUCCAACAACCAAUUGAACGGAAACCUGUCUUCCUUGGUGUUUGGUCUGCCAUCAGAACUCGAGUACUUGUCCCUUCUUGAUAAUAACUUCAACGGUUCAUUCAUUCUCAACUCACUGGUCAAUCAAACAAGACUCACCGUAUUCAAAUUGUCAUCAAUACUCGGUACGAUCCAAGUUCAAACCGAGAGUUCUUGGGCUCCAUUGUUUCGGCUGAAGAUCUUGCAUCUAUCGAACUGCAGUCUCGGCAGCAACAUGCUCGGCUUUCUCCUGCAUCAGCGUGACUUGUGUUUCGUCGAUCUCUCUCAUAACAAUCUGACAGGAACAUUCCCAACAUGGGUUGUGAAGAACAACACAAAGCUCCAGACUAUUCUACUAAGUGGGAACUCAUUGACAAAGCUUCAACUACCUAGUCAUGUUCAUGGCUUGCAAGUUCUCGAUAUCUCGAGUAAUAUGAUCUUCGGUUCAGUUCAAGAAGACAUAGGGAUUGUGUUUCCAAACCUGAGGUACAUGAACUUUUCUUUAAACCACUUUCAAGGAACCAUUCCGUCCUCCAUCGGCGAGAUGAAAAGCCUACAAGUCUUGGACAUGUCUUCUAACGGUCUUCAUGGGCAGCUACCUAAAACGUUUCUAGGUGGUUGCUACUCUCUGAAGGUUCUAAAACUCUCCAACAACCAACUACAAGGGGAAGUAUUUCCAAAGCACGCAAAUCUAACUGGUUUAGUUGGGCUUUAUCUUGAUGGCAACAACUUUACUGGGAGUCUUGGAAUGGGGUUACUGAACUCAAAGAAGCUAACUCUUUUGGAUAUAUCAGAUAAUAUGUUUUCCGGCAUGCUUCCGCUUUGGAUUGGUAGGAUGUCAAGCCUUUCCUACCUAUACAUGAGUGGAAACCAGCUUAAAGGUCCUUUCCCGUUUCAACUACAGAGUCGUUGGGUUGAAGUUAUGGACAUCUCACACAACAGCUUCUCUGGUCCAAUACCAAGUAACGUGAAGUUUCCAACUCUCAGAGAACUGAGACUACAAAACAAUGAGUUCACAGGCUCAGUUCCAGGCAAUGUAUUCAACGCUGCAGCAUUAGAGGUGCUUGAUCUGCGGAACAACAAAUUUUCUGGAAUAGUAUUGAACACUAUUGACGAGGCAUCUAAGUUACGUGUUCUGCUUCUACGGAAUAACAGCUUUCAAAGUCACAUAUCUGAGAAAAUAUGCCAGCUCAGUGAAGUUGGUCUUCUAGACUUAUCUCACAACAGAUUCAGAGGCGCUAUACCAUUAUGUUUCAGUAAAAUGUCUUUUGGUGCAGAAGGUUAUGAGCGUGUCACGUCACUCGUUGCAGUUUUUGACCUCUCGGACAUCACAUUUUUGCGAAACUGUCAGUACGCAUCACAUCUCAACUUGGAUGAUAGUGUCAGGAAUGGCUAUCAAGCGAAACCUGCGACCAUAGUGGAUUUUUUAACUAAAAGCAGGUAUGAAGCAUAUCAAGGUGAUAUACUUGGGUACAUGCAUGGUUUGGAUUUGUCGAGCAACGAGCUAUCAAGUUCGAUUCCAGAUGAGAUUGGAGAUCUUUUGAAUAUCAGAUCACUGAAUCUGUCGAGUAACCGCCUCACGGGAUCCAUACCAGAUAGCAUUUCGAAGCUGGAGGGGUUAGAGAGUCUUGAUGUGUCCAAUAAUAAGCUGAGUGGAAGCAUUCCUCCUUUGCUAGCUGAUCUCAACAGCUUAGGAUACUUUGAUGUGUCGUUUAACAAUUUAUCUGGUGAAAUCCCUUUCAAAGGCCAUCUUGUGACCUUUGACGAAACGAGUUACAGAGGUAAUGCUCAUCUCUGUGGACUUCCUACUAAUAAAAGUUGCAACAUCGAGAGAGUCAGAGAGCCAAGUGUAUCAAACCGGGCCAAUGAGGGAGAAGAAGAAGAGGGUGAUGGUGUAAUAGAUAUUGUGUGGUUUUAUUGGACGUGUGGUGCAGUCUACAUCACCACAUCAUUGGCCUUGUUUGCGUUUCUCUGCAUAGACUCACGCUGGUCCCGUGAGUGGUUUUAUCGUGUUGAUUUCUUGGUUUAUCAUCUUCAACGUUUCAAGGAUGGUUUCAUCUGCAAAUGAUUCCGUGGGUCAGCCCAAGGUACAAUAUCUUCAUAUACUCAUCUUUGUAUAAAAGCUGUCAUGUUUGGUAUUAUUUGUGUUGUAAUAUGUUUGAAUAAGGACAAUCUGAUUAGCCUAUGAUCAUUGUAUUCAAUACCAGGUAUAUACAUGAUACAUUUCAUGUCAACAGUUCUAAUAAAUCAAUAUACUUCUCCUUUUUCAA